ACUUUUCGGUGUGAGACAUUCCAGCUUUCUUCCCCUUCCGUGAGUCCCUCCUUCUCUCUCCUCAGAGACCCCGCUCGCCUUACGGGUUGCCACCGCCGCAUCUCUCGCGCCCCGAGCGUGCAGGACGCGUGCGCGCGCGUGCGCGCGGCCGUCGGGUCCCCGCGCUCCCUCCCCCUCCCGCUCCUCUAUAACUUGGCUGGCUCGGAGGAGGCGCCGCCGGAGUCGGAGGGCGGGGAGCUCGGUGGAGGGAGCUCGAGAGUUGUGGAGGCUAGUGACUGGGAGAAGUCGCUGUCGGCUCUGGUCGGCUCCUUCCCGCUCCCGGUCUCUCUCACACCCCUGCUCCGCCUCCCGCCCCGGCCCGCGCCCUCGCUCCUUCUCUCGUCCGGGGCCUCUGCGGGUCGCUCUCCGGGUUUCGGCGCGGCGGGGGCGCCCCGGGGGUGCCCUCGCCCUCCGGGUGCGGGCAGACGGGCGGCGGGCGGGAUGUGGCGCCUGGUGCCCCCGAAGCUGGGCCGCCUGUCCCGCUCGCUGAAGCUGGCGGCUCUGGGCAGCCUGUUGGUGCUGAUGGUGCUGCACUCGCCGUCGCUGCUCGCCUCCUGGCAGCGCAACGAGCUGACCGACCGGCGCUUCCUGCAGCUCAAUAAGUGCCCGGCGUGCUUCGGCACGAGCUGGUGCCGCCGCUUCCUCAACGGGCAGGUGGUGUUCGAGGCGUGGGGCCGCUUGCGCCUGCUGGACUUCCUCAACGUGAAGAACGUCUACUUCGCGCAGUACGGCGAGCCCCGCGAGGGCGGCCGCCGCCGAGUGGUGCUCAAGCGCCUCGGCUCGCAGCGCGAGCUGGCGCAGCUCGACCAGAGCAUCUGCAAGCGGGCCACCGGCCGGCCCCGCUGCGACCUGCUCCAGGCCAUGCCCCGCACCGAGUUCGCGCGCCUCAACGGCGACGUGCGGCUGCUCACGCCCGAGGCGGUGGAGGGCUGGUCCGACCUGGUGCACUGCCCGUCGCAGCGCCUGCUGGACCGCCUAGUGCGCCGCUACGCCGAGACCAAGGACUCGGGUAGCUUCCUGCUCCGCAACCUCAAGGACUCGGAGCGCAUGCAGCUGCUGCUGACCCUGGCCUUCAACCCGGAGCCGCUAGUGCUACAGAGUUUUCCAUCUGAUGAAGGUUGGCCAUUUGCAAAAUACCUUGGAGCUUGUGGAAGAAUGGUGGCUGUAAAUUAUGUUGGAGAAGAACUGUGGAGUUACUUUAAUGCACCAUGGGAAAAACGAGUUGACCUCGCUUGGCAGUUAAUGGAAAUAGCAGAGCAGCUUACAAACAAUGACUUUGAAUUUGCACUCUACCUCCUGGAUGUCAGCUUUGACAAUUUUGCAGUUGGUCCUAGAGAUGGGAAGGUAAUCAUUGUGGAUGCUGAAAAUGUUUUGGUUGCUGACAAAAGGUUAAUUAGACAAAAUAAACCUGAAAAUUGGGAUGUGUGGUAUGAAAGCAAAUUUGAUGACUGUGAUAAGGAGGCUUGCUUAUCAUUUUCAAAAGAAAUUCUUUGUGCUCGUGCCACUGUGGACCACAAUUAUUAUGCUGUUUGUCAGAACCUCUUAUCCAGACAUGCCACCUGGCGUGGCACUUCCGGAGGCCUGCUCCACGACCCACCGAGUGACAUCGUCCGAGAUGGCCGACUAGAGGCCUUGCUGGAUGAGUGCGCCAACCCAAAGAAGCGCUAUGGCAGAUUCCAGGCUGCAAAAGAACUGCGUGAAUAUUUAGCACAAUUAAGUAACAAUGUGAGGUAGUCUAUGGUGAACUUUUCUUUUCUCCAUUUAAGUAGCACUGGCGAAAAUGAAACCACCAAAAAGUAUCUAGAAAAAGGAAAUUAGUAAGUAAUACAUUCAGAGGAUAAACUUGCACUGAUAGAUCUUAUGUUAACAUCCGUCAAAAUGAGACAUUACUUCAAAAUCACAUGAUCCUUCUGCAGAUGAGUUUGUUCUUACACUGUGGAGGCUUGAGCUCUCAGUGACUGCUUUGUCCGCCUGAACGCCUGAGUGCGUUAAUGAAUAUUGUUAAGCUAUUGGAGAUGAAUCUGAUAGUUACAUUGGCUUGUGUAUCAAAGGGUACUUGGUACUUAGUUUGCAUUACUAUCACGAUUUUGUGAAUCUCUUGCAUUUACUUUGAAUGUCAAGUUAGAUUGGUCUGUUUUAUAGGCCACUUGUUCCUUCUGAUGUGUAGGGGGUUUUUGGUUUUUUUUCCCAUUUUUAUGUUUUAUUAUUCAAUUUUACACAUUCAGGUUACUGUAGCUAUUCAUUUUAAAUUUGGACUAGUUUCCAUUCAGUGCUAUACGGUACACAUUAACUGUUAGGGCAGGAUUCCCAGGUUUACUGUGUUUUCUUCAGAAAGCUGAGUAUUUUAUUAUGUAAAUACUUUUAUCCCCACUUUCUGUGGUUUCACCAUUGCAUGAGAUCAUUUAAGGUUAUUUAAUGGUUACAUCACUCUAUGCCAAUAAUUAUAAGUGUACACUAAACAUGAAAUUUGGCAUAUGUAGCAAAAUGUUAUUUAAAAGGCUUUAAGAAGAGUACUAGUAAUCUUCACCUCGAUGUUAAUUUUGAUUGAGGAAAAAAGUAACCCAGUAUUUUUAAAAUGCUAACUAGUCCAAGAUAGUAAUGCAUAUGCCAAAGAAAUAUUAGACCUAGUUCCAUGGGUAGGUUUUAAAAUUGGUCACCUAAUCCUUCUUAUUGUUCCAUUCUUCCAGUACUUUAACUCGGUCAUUAUUCAGUUCAGGUCUCCCUGGUUAUUUUUUUAUGUUGAGAAGUUAAGCUACUGCUUCCUCACAUACGUAACUUGAAAGAUAUCUUACCUUUUAUUCAUCGGUACUUCUGCAAAAAUUAGAACGGUCGUCUUGUCUGAGUUUAAUCAGGUAUCAUAACGUUUUAAUUGAUGGACUAGUAAUUUUUCCUGUAACCAGAUGGUUUAGCCCAUCUGCCCAGCUUGGUCUUCAUUACCCAGUUUUUAAGCAUCAAAAUUUAAGUAUGUGGAUAGAAAGGAACCAGCGUGUGAAAUUUGUGGACUAUUUUAAAAGUUGCAAUAUAUAUUGACUAUCACAAACAGUGAUAUUUUUCUGUUUGAAAUCAUUGCUUUUGUUUAUGGCAAAGUUUGAUGUAGUAUACAGUAUUUAGUUAUAGAUUCACUUUAUUCUUAACCAUAAAGUGAUUAAAAUAUACACAACCAAAGCCAGGUUUGUUUUUGUUUCUCCUCCAUUCCUUCAGCAACUAUUUAUUGAACAUCCACGCUGUGCCAGGCACAGUGCUAGCUGCUACACACUGAACAUGACGUGGUUGUCACACACCUUCAUGUUGGUAUUUCCUAAGUUGGAAUAGCAUUCGUUAAGUUAGGAUGAUGCUUUUGUGUUAGUUUACUGUUGUAAUGGAAAUUCUACUUGUACCAUCUGUAACUGGGUUACUAUAAAAAGAGCAGGAUGAAAUUAAUAAAGGUGAUCCCAGUUUAAAACUGGAAGAAGGGUAAGAUCUCUCCAUUAUAAAAUAGGUUGCAAUAGGUUAACUUUUAUACAUCAGUACGUUACCUAUAUCAACUAACCCUCAAAGAAACAUUUAAGUGCUAGAAAUUUUUACUAAGCUGACUUUUUACAACUUUGGAAAACUUGAGGGGAGUAAGUAAAAUUACUUGUCCGACAUUCGUCUCUUACUCAAAACUCCAAGUAAAAUACACGUUUUCAAAAUGGACACCUUUUAUAUUGAUAAAUAUUCAUUGCAAACUUUAGAAUGCCAAUCACAGAGGGGUUGUCUUCCUGUGGUUUAGCAAACAUUUAUCUUACUUUUGGGAAGAGUGAUUUGUGAUUGCAGAACAGGAAGUGAGAAAACAGCUGCCAGCAGUGAUUGCUACUGGAGGUAGUUUUUUUAUAACUACCAUUUUCCCCAUGAGAUUAUGUGGAAUUUCUCUUAUCUUUGGAAAAGGUUGAGGAGAAGAUAGUAAAAGAAUUAGGAAUUUAAAAUUACAGGGAAAAAUAUGUAUGUGAAAAGCAAUAAAUAUUUUGUUCACUUUGCUAUCAAGAUAUUCACUAUCAGAUAUUUAUUAUACAGCAGCAAUUUAUAUUUUUAAUCAUUGCCCAUUAAUAGACACAGUAAAAUAUUUUUGAAUCAGACAUUUGGGGUUUGUAUGUGCAUUAAAAUUGUCUUUUGUACUGUAAGUUACUGUUUAAUUUGAAUAUUUUAUCAGAACUGUCUCCCUGUGCCUUUACAAUAUAAAGUUGUUUCUACAACUUUAAUGAUCUUAAUAAAGAAUACUUUA